UGCAAACAACUCUGGCGAUGCCAAAAUUCCCCUCCAAGUGACACGGCUUUGCGAAGGAGGUUUCCUCAGGCUGGGCUCUUUCUGUCAUUCCCUUCUGCCUUUCUCGGCGACGAUAAAAGGCUUUGCUCUGGCAAUAGGAAUUUAGAAAAAAAAAAAAAGAAAACGCUGCGCUAAACUCCACCGUGACCUCAAACUCUUUGGACUGUUUGGAAAAGAAAAGAAAAGAAAAGAAAAAUUGGAAGAACAUCCAUCCUCCAAGAGAAUCGGCAUAAGAGGAGAUGGAAGUUUUCCCCUUGCUCUUGGUUUUGUCCAUCUGGUGGUCUCGAACCUGGGACUCAGCGAAUGCAGAUUCGAUCAUUCACAUCGGAGCAAUUUUUGAUGAAUCUGCCAAAAAGGAUGAUGAGGUGUUUCGCACAGCAGUUGGUGACCUUAACCAGAAUGAGGAGAUCUUACAGACUGAGAAAAUCACAUUUUCAGUGACGUUUGUUGAUGGCAACAACCCUUUUCAAGCAGUUCAAGAAGCCUGUGAACUUAUGAAUCAAGGCAUCUUGGCCCUGGUCAGCUCCAUUGGCUGCACGUCAGCAGGAUCCCUCCAGUCUUUGGCAGACGCCAUGCAUAUCCCCCACCUCUUCAUUCAGCGCUCAACAGCUGGGACCCCAAGGAGUGGCUGUGGACUCACCCGGAGCAACAGGAAUGAUGACUACACUCUCUCAGUUCGCCCACCUGUCUACCUGAAUGACGUUAUCCUAAGAGUGGUCACAGAGUAUGCCUGGCAGAAAUUCAUUAUAUUCUAUGACAGUGAAUAUGAUAUCCGUGGAAUACAAGAGUUCUUGGACAAAGUUUCUCAGCAGGGAAUGGAUGUUGCACUUCAGAAGGUAGAAAACAACAUCAAUAAAAUGAUCACCACUCUCUUUGACACCAUGAGAAUAGAAGAACUGAAUCGCUAUCGAGACACUCUUAGGCGAGCGAUCCUUGUUAUGAAUCCUGCCACAGCCAAAUCCUUCAUUACUGAGGUUGUGGAGACUAAUUUGGUUGCUUUUGACUGUCACUGGAUCAUUAUAAAUGAGGAAAUAAACGAUGUGGAUGUACAGGAACUUGUGAGAAGGUCAAUUGGAAGGUUAACAAUUAUUCGGCAGACAUUUCCAGUUCCCCAGAAUAUAAGUCAGCGGUGUUUCCGUGGCAACCAUCGAAUAUCUUCAACAUUGUGUGAUCCAAAGGAUCCAUUUGCUCAGAAUAUGGAGAUUUCCAACCUUUACAUAUAUGACACGGUGCUUCUGCUUGCUAAUGCCUUUCAUAAGAAGCUGGAAGACCGAAAGUGGCACAGCAUGGCAAGUCUGUCAUGUAUCAGAAAGAACUCAAAGCCAUGGCAGGGUGGGCGCUCCAUGUUGGAGACCAUCAAGAAGGGUGGAGUUAGUGGGUUGACUGGAGAGCUAGAAUUUGGAGAAAAUGGAGGCAAUCCCAAUGUCCAUUUUGAAAUCCUUGGAACCAACUAUGGAGAAGAGCUUGGCAGAGGUGUUCGCAAACUUGGGUGCUGGAAUCCUGUCACAGGUCUGAAUGGGUCACUGACUGACAAGAAAUUGGAGAAUAACAUGCGUGGUGUGGUUCUACGUGUGGUAACUGUUCUG